AUGUCGUCAUCGGACAAAGCAGGCCCUGUGGAAGACGGUCGGAGUCAGUCUGAGCAUGCCACAGAACAUGAGCGUUCUUCGAUGCCGCACGACUUGGGGUCUUGUGAUCCUUGUAUAUUCUUUGCGCUUUCUGCAGGCUGUCAGAGGCGCGCUUGUCCAUUCUGUCACAUUCACACGCCGAUCUUCGAAAUUCGCCCACAGAGGCCAGGGAAGCAAAUUCGCAUGAGGCUCAAGAGGACAAUGCUGAAUAUCAUGCAAUGUCGGGAGAGUUCACCAGACAGAGCUCAUGACGAGAUGCAGCGCUUCGCUCGUAAGAGCCCUUUUGCACGCACUCUGCUGACAAGCUACCUGGAGACACACGCAGACGUCGAGGCCAGUGGCUCGCUUGCUGCAGAUGGAGUCCAUGGCCAGCCGACAGUCGGCAGUUCAGAAGAUUGGCCUGAUCCGCUUGAGCUUGAAUCCUUCCUGAAAGGCAAGCCGCUAGCGCUCUAG